AUGGUCGAGGCAGGGGCAGCCACGAGUGCAGAGGAGGAGCGCGUCAGGCGAAGGGCCGUCGCCUCUCUUGGAGAAUUGCUCUUUUACAUCGCCACGCAAAGCGAGCAGUCUCCGCGCCCCGCCAACGCUCCGCUCGUGAGGGAGGUUCCUGACGUCACUUUUGCAGCUGUUGGCAGUUUGCUGAGGCGAGGAGAAGAUGAAGUUGCGCAGCAUUAUGCAGUGAAGACCAUCGAAAACGUGGCGAGUCAGGGGGGCACUUGGGCAGCCAAAUUUGCGGGGGGGGAGAUUAUUGCGUUCGAACUUGGUGUUCAUCUUCCAGAACAGCAAACUGGAGCAUCUGCGUGCGACUGCAGGCUCCUGCCUCGUCCGCCUGUCCGCCUGGCGCGUGUCCAGCCGCUCAUUGUCCCUUCCCUCCUAGAGCGCUUAGGCGCGCGAACGUUCGUGCACGGUUUGGGCGAAGGCAGCUCCAAGACGCAGCAGACGUACCUCAACCUGCUAAACAUGGGCUUGCAGGGGGUGGUGAAAAUUGGCCCCACCAGACUGCAGGCGCAACUCUUAUCGGAGGAGCGGGCGCUUAUCCCCACUCUGAUGGCCUGCUGGAGCACGCCUCAGAAGUGCCGAGGGCGAAGGCGACGGUGGCGUGUUGGAUGCUGUCAGGCGGGGACGAGAUGGCUGACUGCGCUGUGCAACGUUAAAGUGAUGUCUAUCCCAGAGCGCCUUGCCAGGGACACAAACGAGUACGUGCAGCAGUAG